ACUCCAGCAAUCACUUUGGUUUGAAACGCGGCGGACGAAACAUGUUCUGAGGAAACGAGCUCCGACGCUAACCGACAAGAAAUAUUUAAACCAAAACGAAACGAAACGAAACUGAUUCUGAGUCUGAGUCGUCAUUCGCGUAUCGUGAAAAGCUAUUACGUACAAAAAAUACUAACAUAAAAACACAAAAAACCAAAAACCAACAGCAAGAAGUGGACAUAUUUUUUUUACAGUAAACAAAAAUAUAGUGCAAAUCGCUAAGUGUCACGCCACAAGCCGAAACCACACAUACACGCACACAAGGAUUACGCGUACAAGCGGGUUGGAAAAAGCGAUCAAAAAAUGAAAACCAGAAAGUGACAGAGCGUUGCAACAACAACCAAAACCCAAGCCAAGAGCAACCGAAACCGUUAAGAGCCCUCUCCCACAGAGGCUCUCCAACAAUCCAAACCAACGACAAGAACCAAGCGAAGCAUCCAACAUGUUGGCCUUUUGCCUGUUGCUUCUCCUGACCGCCGCGGCCGUUCCCGUGCGCAGCACGCAUGCGCAACAGUGCGCCUGGGAGUUCGUCCGCACCACCAUGGACAUCAAGUGCAAUGUGCGGGCGCUGGACGCCGCCGCCCCGCUCGACCUCCAGGUGGCCGAGACGGCCAACCGCCUGGAGCUGCAGUGUAGCCAGGAUCUGUUGCACGCCAGCGAGCUCUCCGCGGGCCUCUUCGGACGCCUGCAAAAGUUGGAAGAGCUGCAGGUGGACGCCUGCAAGCUGCAGCGGAUCCCUGCCAACGCCUUCGAGGGCCUCCUCUCUCUCAAGCGCCUCAGCCUGCAGACGCACAACGCCAUGUGGGGCCCCGGCAAGACGCUGGAUCUGCACGCCCAGUCAUUCCACGGCCUGCGCGAUCUGAGCGAACUCCAUCUGGCCGACAACAAUGUGCGCCAGCUGCCCGAGGGCCUCUGGUGCUCCAUGCCCAGCCUCCAGCUGCUCAAUCUCACCCAGAACCGCAUCCGGUCCGCCGAGUAUCUCGGUUUCUCCGAGAAGCUGUGCGUGGGCUCGGCCCUGAGCAACGCCAACGGCGCCGUCAGCGGCGGUUCCGAGCUCCAGGUGCUGGACGUCUCCUACAACGAGCUGCGCUCCCUGCCCGACGCCUGGGGCGCCUCCCGGCUGCGCCGUCUCCAGACGCUCAGCCUGCAGCACAACAACAUCAGCUCUCUGGCCCCCAACUCCCUGGCGGGUCUCAGCUCCCUGCGCGUGCUCAAUAUCUCGUACAACCACUUGGAGUCGCUGCCCGCCGACGCCUUUGCGGGCAACAAGGAGCUGCGCGAGCUGCACCUCCAGGGCAACGAUCUGUACGAUCUGCCCAAGGGACUGCUGCACCGCCUCGAGCAGCUGCUGGUCCUCGAUCUGAGCGGCAACCAGCUGACCAGCCACCAUGUGGACAAUAACACCUUCGCAGGCCUGAUCCGGCUGAUCGUGCUGAACCUCUCGAACAACGCCCUCACCCGCAUCGGGGCCAAGACCUUCAAGGAGCUGUACUUCCUGCAGAUCUUGGACAUGCGCAACAACUCCAUUGGCCAUGUCGAGGAGGGCGCCUUCCUGCCGCUCUACAACCUGCACACCUUGAACCUGGCCGAAAACCGGCUCCACACGCUCGACAACAAGAUCUUCAACGGCCUGUACGUGCUCACAAAACUGACGCUGAACAACAACCUCAUCAGCAUCGUGGAGACGCAGGCCUUCCGCAACUGCUCCGACCUGAAGGAACUGGACCUCAGCUCCAACCAGCUGAUGGAGGUGCCCGAGGCCGUUCAGGACCUGAGCAUGCUGAAGACGCUCGAUCUGGGCGAGAACCAGAUCUCGGACUUCAAGAACAACACGUUCCGCAACCUCAACCAGCUGACGGGACUGCGGCUGAUCGACAAUCGCAUCGGAAAUAUCACCGUGGGCAUGUUCCAGGAUCUGCCCCGCCUCAGCGUCCUCAAUCUGGCCAAGAACCGCAUCCAGAACAUUGAGCGAGGUGCCUUCGAUAAGAACACGGAGAUCGAGGCCAUUCGCCUGGACAAGAACUUCCUCACGGACAUCAAUGGGAUCUUCGCCACACUGGCCUCCCUUCUGUGGCUGAAUCUCUCGGAGAACCACUUGGUGUGGUUCGACUACGCCUUCAUACCGUCGAACCUCAAGUGGCUGGACAUCCACGGCAACUACAUCGAGGCCCUGGGCAACUACUACAAGCUGCAGGAGGAGAUCCGCGUGACCACGCUGGACGCCUCGCACAACCGCAUCACUGAGAUUGGCGCCAUGUCCGUGCCCAACUCCAUCGAGCUGCUGUUCAUCAACAACAACAUCAUAGGCCAGAUCCAGGCCAACACCUUCGUGGACAAGACCCGUCUGGCCCGCGUCGAUCUCUACGCCAACGUGCUGUCCAAGAUCUCGCUCAAUGCGCUCCGCGUGGCCCCCGUUUCGGCCGAGAAGCCGGUGCCCGAGUUCUACCUGGGCGGCAAUCCCUUCGAGUGCGACUGCUCGAUGGAGUGGCUGCAGCGGAUCAACAACCUGACCACCCGGCAGCACCCCCGCGUGGUGGAUCUGGCCAACAUCGAGUGCCUGAUGCCCCACAGCCGCAACGCCCCGCUGCGCCCCCUCUCCAGCCUGGCGUCCACGGACUUUGUCUGCAAGUACGACAGCCACUGCCCGCCCACGUGCCACUGCUGCGAGUACGAGCAUUGCGAGUGCGAGGUGAUCUGCCCCAAUAACUGCAGCUGCUUCCACGAUGCCACCUGGUCGACGAACAUCGUCGACUGCGGCAAGCAGGAUCUCGUCAGCCUGCCCGCCCGCAUCCCCCAGGACGUAAGCGACCUCUAUCUGGACGGCAACAACAUUCCCGUGCUGGAGGCGGGUCAGCUGGCGGGCAAGCGCAACCUGCGCGCCCUCUACCUCAACUCCUCCAACCUGAUGACCCUGCAGAAUGGCAGCCUCUCGCAGCUCUCGAAUCUCCGCGUGCUCCACCUGGAGAACAACAAGCUGACGGCCCUCGAGGGCACCGAGUUCCAGCCGCUCAACCUCCUCCGGGAGCUGUAUCUGCACAACAACAUGCUGACUCACAUCUCUAACGGCAGCUUCGAGCCGCUCGUCUCCCUCAAGGUGCUGCGACUGGACAACAACCGCCUGAGCUCGCUGCCCAAUCUCCAGUACCGCAACAGCCUGCAGGGCCUGACGCUGGGCAGGAACGCGUGGUCGUGCCGCUGCCAGCAGCUGCGGGAACUGGCCCAGUUCGUGUCGGACAACGCCAUGGUGGUGCGCGACUCGGCGGACAUCUACUGCAUCGAUGCUGGCAUCAAGCGGGAGCUGGAGCUGCUCGGCAAUGUGGCCGGGGGACCGGACUGCUCCGAGCUUCUCGAUGCCAGCGCCAGCAAUAUCUCCUCGUCGCAGGACAUUGCCGGGGGCUACCGCCUGCCUCUGCUGGCCGCCGUCCUGGUGCUCAUCUUCCUGGUCGUGGUCCUCAUCAUCGUCUUCGUCUUUCGCGAGAGCGUGCGCAUGUGGCUGUUCGCCCAUUACGGCGUCCGUGUCUGCGAGCCGCGAUUCGAGGACGCCGGCAAGCUGUACGACGCCAUCAUCCUGCACUCGGAGAAGGACUACGAGUUCGUGUGCCGCAACAUCGCCGCCGAGCUGGAGCACGGCCGCCCCCCCUUCCGGCUAUGCAUCCAGCAGCGCGACCUGCCGCCGCAGGCCUCCCAUCUGCAGCUGGUGGAGGGCGCUCGUGCCUCUCGCAAGAUCAUCCUGGUGCUCACCCGCAACCUGCUGGCCACCGAAUGGAAUCGCGUCGAGUUCCGGAACGCCUUCCACGAGGCCCUCCGCGGACUGGCCCAGAAGCUGGUCAUCAUCGAGGAGACCAGCGUCUCCUCAGAGGCCGAGGACGUGGCCGAGCUCUCGCCCUACCUGAAGUCCGUGCCAUCGAACCGCCUGCUCACCUGCGACCGCUACUUCUGGGAGAAGCUCCGCUACGCCAUCCCCAUCGAGCUGUCGCCGCGCGGCAACAACUACACCCUGGACCACCAUGAGCGCUUCAAGCAGCCCGUCUCCCCGGGCAUGAUCUUCCGCCAGGCCCCUCCACCGCCGGCCUACUACUGCACCGAGGACAUGGAGGCCAACUACAGCUCCGCCACCACAGCCACCCCCUCGCCAAGGCCCACCCGCCCGGGGGGGCCAGCUCGCAUCGUGGACUCCAUGCCCAUGCCCAUGCGCCCGCCCUCGGAGCACAUCUACCACAGCAUCGAGUCGGAGUACAGCGCCUACGACCAGCACGAGGCCCUCUCCAUGAUCCCCACUGGCCUGAUGCACCACCAUCAGCACCAGCAGCAGCAGCUGGCACGGCACCACCAACAGCAGCAGCAGCAGCGCCUGCUGCAGCCCCAGUUCCGGGCGGUGGGCGCGGCCAUGCCCGUGCCCCAGCAGGCAACGGCGCCCGUGCAUCUGCGCAGUGGCAGCGGCUUGAGUCAGGCCAGCACCAGUACUCAGUCGACGGCGCAGGCUUCCACAUCCGCUGCGGCAGCACAACAGCAGCAGCAGCAACAACAGCAGCAGCAGCAGCAACAGCAACAGACAGCUGCCAACGGCGAGACGGCCAAUAAGAAUGGACAGGCUUUCCUGGUGUAAGUUCUGACCCUGCCCCAUGGCACUGCCACCACCACUGCCACUGCCACUGCUCCUGCUGCCAUCUCUUUCUCCCUCGCACUGCUCUCGGGCGGUUCCUGCGCAGGGGCGGCCAUCUUGAAGCUGUUCGCUCGCUUGCGCAACCGGCGGAAGUAGAACACAAACACACACGUGCACACGUACACACACAAACACACACACUAGUAGAAAACAAAAAGACUUUUUCGUAGGCAUUUUUCUUCAACAUUUUAUUUGCAUUUCGCCUUUGGUGUUCGUUCAUGUGUUGUCGUUGUCGUUAAGGUAGUUGUGGUUGUCGUUUUGUAGUUGUGUAGCACAGCACCACAAAAACGCUCACACAGCCACACAGACAGACAGACAGAGACAGGGACAGAAGAGAGAUAGCGAGCGAGAGGGACACGUAUAUAAAUACCCAUAAAAAUUACAUAAUUAGCAUAUAUCUAUAUACAAAAACAAAAAACAAUUACUAGAAAUGUUGUUAAAACACUUUCAAAUUCAAUGUGAUAUAUUAAUUAACUAUAGUUAAAGCGGGGAGCCCGAGAGCGGGAGAACUGCCCCACCCUAUCCCCAAAAACGAAACACAAAAAAAAACACUGUAAUUCGUAGACGUAUUUAGUAGUUCUAGCCAGGCAUAAAAGAACCUAAAAACAAAUACUAAAACCAUAAACUACUACUAAACA